AUGCCCGUCCAGCGCGACGUGUUCGAAAGCUUCCUGUACAAUCCGCAUCCUCGCCGCCGCCUGCCGUUUCCGACCGCGUUUUCCCUGCAGCAGUUGCAGCGCCGCCAACACCACCACCAUCACCAUCCGCACCAUCAUCAUGCGCAUCAGCCGCCGCAUCCUCAGCAGCGGCAGCGUAUGGCGAAAAGCCGGAGGCACCACCACCAUCGGAGUAGCUAUCCCCAGCUGGCGUCGUCGCUGUAUCAUCACCGCCGUUCGAUAGUGUCGGCCACCAGUAGUGCCACCGCCACGGGUCAACAUCACCAUUCUGCCGCCUCGCGACACGCCAAACAGCCGUCGAAGCGCCCGUCGUCGGCCUCAGCAGCCGCCGUCAACAUCAUCAGUGACACGACGAUCAGUACUACCACCACAACCGCCGCCACCGCUGCCGUCGUCGCCAGCGUUGGCGCCCUUGCGGGGGACUCCUUUUCGGCGCCGUCCGACGCUAACACCAGCACUCAGCCGUCGAGGCUUUGCGGCCGGACGUCGGCUGUUUCCGUUGGAGGGGAACGGUUGCUGCCGCCGGGUGCCAGCUUGGGACAAGCGCUUCCUGUUGCCGGCGAAGUCGUGCCGGACAGUCGAAGCGCAGCAGGGUAUCGCAAUCAGCGUGCAGUGGUAGUAAAUGAUCUGGCAGGCUACACCUCCUGUCACAUGAAGCAGAACCGCUCGAGCCGCCGCCACCUGUCGAGCGAAGCUUUCGAAGCCGAUCUUGCUUCCAGCUCCUCCGCCCAAACAAACCACGGUCACUCACUUGCGGCUACAGCCGGGGGACCAUUUGCUCCGAGCUCCAGCGAGGAGCUACCGAUGCGGGCGGAUAGUGAACUAGUUGGCAUCCGUCGUCGUCCUCCCUAUCAGCCGCCCGAUGGGCCGGGGGGAUGUGGAGGAGGCAGUCGGUACGAACAUCACUUAUCACGUCACACCAGCAGUAUCCUACCAUCCAGUCUUGUCUCAUCGCCCGAUGGUAACGAUCUUCCGCACCACACGCAUUAUCAGCUGCACCAUCAGAUGUCCUACCAUAACAUGUUCACGCCGUCGAGGGAGCCCGGCACUGCCUGGCGCUGCCGUUCGUGCGGCAAAGAGGUCACCAACAGAUGGCACCACUUCCAUUCGCACACGCCCCAGCGUUCCCUUUGCCCGUACUGUCCGGCGUCCUACAGUCGAAUCGAUACCCUCCGAUCGCACCUCAGGAUCAAGCAUGCCGAUCGGUUGAACGCGCCCAAGUUUAGCAAUCCCCCGAACUGCAAGCUGCCGAUGUAA